CGCAUGCGCUGACAGGGAAGCGGAAGAAAGCAUCAUGUCGGUGGAAGACCCGUUUUUCGUUGUGAAAGGGGAGGUGCAGAAGGCCCUGUCUCGUGCUCGAGGCCUGUAUGACAGGUGGGAGGAACUGUUACAGGAGGGGACACAGGUCAGUCGGGAUGAGCUGGACUGGAGUGCUAAUGAACUGAGGAACUGUCUGAGAGCCAUAGACUGGGACCUGGAGGAUCUCAGUGAAACCAUCAGUAUUGUGGAGUCAAAUCCAGGGAAGUUUAGACUCGGAGACAAUGAACUGCAGGAGAGGAGAGAUUUUGUGGAGAGAACCAGGAAAUCUGUCCAGGAGAUGAAGGAUCAGUUGUCCAGCCCUUCUGUGGUGGCUCAGGCAGAGAAGAAGAACAGAGAGGCUCUGCUGGCCUCUUCUGGCCAGGAAAGGUCAACAGGUCUGGAGGCUCAUCUGGUGUCUGCUAACUCCAGAUACAUCCAGGAGCAACAGGAACAACAGCAGCUUAUCAUGCAGGAGCAGGACGAGCAGCUGGAGUUGGUGUCCGGCAGCAUCAGAGUCCUCAAAGACAUGUCGGGACGUAUUGGAGACGAGCUUGAUGAGCAGGCUGUUAUGUUAGGUGAUUUUGGUGAUGAGAUGGACCAGACAUCAUCCCGCAUGGACUCUGUCCUAAAGAAACUAGAGAAGGUGUCUCACAUGACCAGCAGUCGGAGGCAGUGGUGUGCCAUAGGUGUGCUGGUCACCAUCAUGAUCGUGGUGCUCAUCCUCUUCUUUGCUCUCUGACAUCAGUGACCUCUCACCUCUCGACCACACUCACCAACUCCUCCCUGAGAGGAGGGUUGGACGGAUACAGGAAGAGCGACGUGACUCCCCUCCUCCCCCCUCCGUCUCUUCUUCUGUUCACACGAAGGAGAAUGUGGUGAUGUGCAGAGAGAAGCUUGAACCCUCUUCUCUCUGCUUUAAACACGUCUGGUGGGGAAGUACACAGCUGGUUUUAUGAUUUUUAUAUCGGUACAUUUCGGUUAUUGAUGAGAAUAAUGGUACUGAAGAGGAAGCUGAUGCUGCCACGAUGAAAACACAUUUGAAAAUAGACAAUACAUUUGAUUUUUACAUGAGAACACACAUGUCACAUGAUGUAUGCAUCAAUCAUGUGUCCAGGAGGAAAAGGCCUUUGUUUGGAAGUCAAACCACAGUUAGACACUUGAAACAAACACAGCUCAGAAGUCAUGUGAAGGAUGCUCUGAAUGGAUCGGUGUUCAAAUGAACUCAGAAAACAACCCCGUUUCAAUGUUGAAUGUAUUAAUACAGGGUAAAUCACUUUAGACAAAACAGUAAAUAUAGUCACGUAGGUUAUAUUUGUUUCCUGUAAUGAAUGGAUAAUGAAGCCAUGUAAUGACACUAGAAACAACAUUUGUUUUUUCUUCUUUCAUGUCGUACUGAUGAACCACAAAUGUUCUCAGUCAUCAACACUAGUUAGUUGCAGGCGACUGGAUUUGCCAAAAGUUAACUACUGAAAAUCAACCAUAAACUCCUCCUACUUUGUAAGCAGGUCGUUCUGAGAGGUUUCACGAGUACUUAAAAGAAGAUGAAAGUGGAAACACAACGGCUCAUGUGACACUUAUCUGAGUUGGUAAGUGAACCUUGAUUCUCGGCCGAUAAAUAACUGUUUCAUUUGUGUUUUUGGUCCGUCGAAGCAUCAGGGGAGGGAGGAGAUGUUUUCAGUGUUGCCUUAAAUCUAUUUUUAUACAGUCAUGAAAUGUGCAGUACGUCUCUGUGCCCGUGUGUGACUCAGUUGAAGAAUGAAGGUUUUUCUUACAGCUGAUUUUUACUGGCGAGCACAUUUCAGCCUCACAAGAACGAGUAGUUCCCUCUGUAUUCAGAGCUGUGGUGCGUUUAGGGUCCGCGCUGCUGUGGUGCGUUU